CAACAGGUACUCAACGUGAAGAAAAAAUAAGAAUAAAUUCUGAAAAAUUACCAUCAUUAAUUGAUUCAUUUGAACAUCCUGUUCAAGAAGGAAUUUAUUCACGAAAACAAGAUAAAAAAUAUCAACAACAAUCAAUAGUAAAUGGUCAUGAUUAA